UCACAAACUCACUUUCUUACAUCUUUCUUUCACCUCCCCAUAGACAUUAUACGCUAGACAAGUGCGCCACCAGUAUACAUCACAAUGUCCAACACCGUUGCAGCAGCCGAGGAAGAAGGCGCUUACACGCCUUACGACCAAUUCUUCCUCUUCGGCGACUCGAUCACCGAGUAUUCCAAUGCCCAGGACAUGGGAUUCGGGUUCUCCGCAGCAUUGCAGAAUGCCUACGCCCGCCGCCUGGACGUUGUGAACCGUGGAUUAGCCGGAUACAACACUCUCCACGCCAUAAAAGCCUUCCCCAAAUGCUUCCCUACCCCAGAGCGCGCCAAUGUUCGACUUAUGACCAUCUGGUUCGGCGCCAACGACGCCAGUCUCCCAGGAUUCGAGCAACACGUCCCUAUCGAAACCUACAAGCAAAACCUCAGAAACAUCAUCCAGCACCCCUUAACCAAGGCCCAAAACCCCCGCAUCAUGAUCAUCACUCCUCCCCCCAUCAACGAGUACCAAUUGGCCGGGUUCGACGCCAUGAAGGGGAACCCCCAUCCGACUCGGACCAACGCGCAUGCCAGGAAGUACGGCCAGGCUGCGCGCGAAGUUGCUGCGGAGUUCGGUCUGCCUGUUGCGGAUGUCUGGAGCGCGUUCAUGUCGACCGUUGGGUGGAAAGAGGGUCAGCCGCUGGUUGGGUCGAGGGAUUUGCCUGAGGAUGGCAAGUUUGCUAGUCUGUUUACGGAUGGCUUGCAUUUGGCUGCUAAUGGGUAUCGCAUUGUGUUUGAGGAGGUUAUGAAGACUAUUCAGGAGAACUGGCCGGAUCAGGUGCCGGAGAAGCUUCCUUAUGUGUUCCCUUCUUGGGCGUUGGCGCCGAAAUAGGGGCUCAGCGUGGCUCAUUGGAGAUGACCGUGCUAGUACUGAGUCUAGUAGCACCGUCUCAUCUGCUAUGUGGUAUACUGCUAUAAAUGGUGAAUAGUAUAUAUAGAGAACUGACCAUCUAGAAGGAAUCCUACUAAGUGGACCAGGGUACAAGAGUGAGAUUAUAUGAUAGAGCCGAGCACCGUUGCAGUCAGAUAAUAUGAUCUUGACUGUGGAUUCUGAAAUCAGAAGCAAAUGGUCCAGUUGGGUCCACUGUCUUUAACUCCAUUGACAAUGAAUGAAUAGUAGCAGAAUGAGGCUUUGAAUGAAAGCGG